AUGAGAAGUCCGCAUAAGUUGAGCAAGGAUGUUUCUAUGGUGCAUAGAAGAAGAUCAAUAACAGCUCACAAUCAUAGAUCACAAGCAAGGAACAACAUAAAUUCUCAUAUAAAUCGUCUUAAUUCUUCUCAAUAUGUAUCUUGGGCCAAUCAAUGGAUCCAAAAUAAAACUAUACCUACCUCAAAUAGAGGAAAACAUCCUAAGAUAAAAAGCCUGUGGAAACAUGAAGAUAUUGCUGCACAAAUAGGAAGUUAUAUAAGAUCCAAUAAACUUGAUAUAACACCUAAAAAAUUGUGUGAGCAUGUCAAUGAUACAUUAUUGCCUGAUAUAGAAGUGGAAAAUGAAAAUAAAAGAAUAUCCGAAAAAACUGCAAGAAGAUGGCUCAAAGGAUUGGUGGGGUAA